GUCGAUCGCAAUCCCUUACUGCGUACUAUCCAUGGUUAACGGUCCACCGACGCCUCCACCGACGACCUCUGUAGAGCUCCAGGAGGCCGCUCAGGCAUCUGCUAGCGCCCAGGAGCAAGGAUCCACAUCACAACCUGCUCCAUUAAGUUCGACGAACCCCGACGACUACCAGCGGGCAUUACCUGUUAUUAGAGAGGCUGCUAGUCGUUGCGACUGGGAUGCCCUCAUUAGCAGGGCUGAAACAGUGGAUGUGACAGCCACAAGUGGAGACAGUCAACCGACGCGUGUGUUGGUCGUCUCCCCUCUCGUUUUGGCAUACCUGAUUCAAGAUAAAAUUCCGCCCGCUCGAUACGCAUUGGGGCGGCUCCCAGACGACCUGUCCAACCUGGCUUUGGUUAAGCUACUGGCCUCAUUAACCAACCUGACCUCUCAUCGACAUCAUUCGCGGGUAUAUUCCACGGUGACAAGUCUACUCGAGUUGGUCGGAAACCCUGAAUUCUUUGACCAAGAGUUCGGAGUCCUCCUCACGAACUUGGUGACACAGUUCGCAGAUGCCUUUCGAAGAAGAACAUUCCAGUUGUUGUCCCAGGCCUAUAGCUCACUACCACUAUCCCUUGCUCAAGAUUAUCUAGGUGUAUCCGCAGAGGUUAUCGUCAAUGAGGCAAACCAAUACGGCUGGACUCAUGACCCGUCGACCCAACUUCUGUUCCCCAAGACCCAUCAAACACAAGAGGCCCGUAGGACAUCUAUGUCAUCGUUGUCGACCCUGCAUCUUGUGGCCGAUAGCGUGGCUAGACUAGAAGUGUGAUCGGAGAGUGACAAUAGUCACCGAUUGCUCGAGGUCUAUAACGCAUGUAGAAUUCGCGACAAGCACACUGUGCUCAUACGCAAACUGGG